ACUAUAUUUUAAAAUAAUGAGGAGCAGGAUGCAGGAUUGUUGGUGAUGUGAGCUAGUCCUCCGUUCCCGCAGGUGACGCUGUAAGGCGGAAGAGCAGGGGGCUGUUGCGUUGGUGAUGUGGAAGAGUCCUUCGUUCCUGCGGGUGGCGCUGUGAAGUGGGAGAGCAGGCGGCCGUUGCGUUGGUGAUGUGAGAGAGUCCUCCGUUCCUGCGGGUGGCGCUGUGAAGUGGGAGAGCAGGCGGCCGUUGCGUUGGUGAUGUGAGAGAGUCCUCCGUUCCUGCGGGUGGCGCUAUGAUGUGGAGGAGCAGGAGGUGAGGGACGAGGCCUCGGACGGCGAGUGCAGUGGCACGAGUGUUUGGAAAACUACAUGGAUGAAAAUUUUAUCUCAAGAGCAUUUGCCACAAUGGGUGAAACUGUAAUAAGUGUAAAGAUUAUUCGUAAUCGAGUGACUGGGACGCCAGCAGGUUACUGCUUUGUUGAGUUCGCAGACCAGGCUGCUGCAGAGCGAUGUCUUCUUAAGAUUAAUGGGAAAAAACUUCCAGGUGCUUCACCUCAGCCCAGAAGAUUUAAACUUAACUAUGCCACUUAUGGAAAGCAACCAGAUAACAGUCCUGAAUACUCACUGUUUGUUGGAGACCUUACGCCAGAAGUGGAUGAUGGAAUGCUUUACGAAUUUUUUGUUGAGAAGUACCCUACGUGUAGAGGAGGAAAAGUGGUUUUGGACAAUCUGGGAAACUCCAAAGGUUAUGGCUUUGUGAAGUUCUCUGAUGAAACUGAACAGAAACGAGCACUUUCUGAGUGUCAAGGUGCAAUUGGUGUCGGAGGGAAAGCUUUAAGGCUGAGUGUGGCAAUACCAAAAACCAAUCGUGUAGUGAAGCCACCAGACUACAGUCAGACAUAUACCUACAACUAUAACCAGUAUUACCAGCCAUACCAGAACUACUACACUCAGUGGGGGUAUGAUCAGUACACUGGGAGUUAUAGCUACAGCUAUCAACAGUAUGGCUAUACGCAAAGUACAAUGCAGAAUUAUGAAGAAGUAGGAGAUGAUGCUUUGGAAGAUCCAGUUCCUCACUUGGAUAUCGAUGAAGCAAAUGCACAGUUCAUGGAACAGAGUGAGGAGUUCUAUGAUGCCCUAAUGAAUUGCCAUUGGCAGCCAUUGGACAGUGUUGCAUCUGACAUCCCUGCUUCGGCCAUAGCCUAGCAGAUUAAUAUUGCUACUGCAAAGCCGUAAAGCAUCCAGGUGAUCAGCGUAUCGUGAGGGAUCUUUUUAGUCCCCUGGUUCUCAAGAUCUUCUGGUUCUGGCACAAUUCUUGUUUAAUAUGAUUUAAUAUGACUGAUUUAAUAAAUACUGCAUCCUCUUGUUCUUGGUUUAUGCAAAGUUUGAAACAAAAUGGUGAUUUAAGAGGAAUCUUCUUCAGAAGAAAUGUUCUUUAUUUUUUAAGAAAAAUGGAAUUUAUUCCCGAAAUGUUAAUGUUAGGGCUGUCCAAAUAAUUCAUUCAGAGUUCAGGAGUGUUUUAAAAUAUAAUUGUAUACAGGAGUACGAUCGCCAGAGAAGCAAUGUACAGAGUAGUCUCACAACUGAGGGGUUCUGAUGACUCUUUUGACCCCAACAGGUUUAUAAACAUUGUGUGAAUCUCAACACUGGUAAGUGCCUUAUAAUUCAUUUCUUUGCAUGUGUUGUUACUUUGAUGCAAUUUUAUGUUUAGGGAUUAGGAGUUCAAAUAUCCGUUGACACUAAACACAAAGGUUUUUUGCGCAUGGAUCUAGAUUAAUUUUUUUCAUGAAAAUUGUGAUAUUUUUCAAACAAUUUUGUCAAUUUGAUGACUUCUGGUUUUUACCAUCUGGUACAGUAUUGAUUUACUCAUUACAUUUAGAGUUCGUGUAUAUACAUAUAAGGCAAAAAGUGUUGAUAUUGCCGAAUAUCUAUAGUCCACUUUUUUGUCAAAAUCUCUCAGCCAGCUGGAAAAGAAAAUUACUGAUCUUGUAAAAAUUUUUUGUUUGUUUGGUUGUACUUUUAGGAUUAUCAAAAUAGUGGACAAAAUGGAGGUUAUGAUCAUAGUGUAGGAUAUUGGCGUAGUUUCUACUUGUCAGCCACCUCCAACCCAAACUUUUGAAUUUACAAAUAUGGAUAAGCCACAGGGUCUUGUUUGCUUCUGACUUUCAGAAAUACAUUCAGCAGACUGCAUCUGUGCUUGGAAAGAAGGUAUAAUUGCCCUAACUAAAAUUUAAUGGUUACAAUGAGAGAGUAUAUAAGAGUUGUUUUUAAAAUACCACUAAUUCUGCUGCUGUAUCCCUCACUGUCUUGAUUCCAGGUAUUUUUUUCAGCAUAGUUUGAAUGCCCAAGUUGCACUCUCAUUCAAAAGUACUACUGAGUCACAAAGUAUGCAGUGGGACUCCAGAUCUGUAAAUUAAUGAAGGGGUACAAUAUAUUGGGAAAUUAUUUGUUGGAAGUAAAGUCAUUGGAUGCCUUUUUAAGGUCAAUAAGUUCUGCUCGCAAAUGUUGACAUUUUAAUUUUUCCAGGUGUACUUUUAUUGAAAUUCUGAUUUUAUCAUACUCAUGAACCUGUAAAAAAACAAAUUUAUUUUGUAAACUAAAAUAAAGGUGAUUUUCUUUUAUCA